AUGCGGAUUACCUAUUUGAUUUUACUGAUCCUGAUCAUCGGGGUAGUGGUGAAUGCUGCCCAACAACAGAAUAGAAAACGAAAAGUUGCCGUUCCACAGGGAAGACAGCAGCAGAAGCAACGGAACCCCACAAAGCGCGUGAAUCAGAAUAAGAAAUCUGGUGGCGUACGCAACAAGAAUGUAAAUCGUGAACAGAAUAACAAAAACAAAAACGAUUUUGUUCACCACAUUAUACCUGGCUUGGGUGCUGUGCGCGGACGCACGGUGAAAACUGAAUGGAGUGGUCAGGAAAUUAUACAAUUCUUUGAUAUACCCUACGCCACAGGAUCGAGUGGAGCUUUGAGAUUUAAACCUGCCAAGCCAGUACAACCAUGGGCUGGUACAUUGAAGGCCGAACGGCCUUUUAACGGCUGCCCUGCAUUAGAUGAUCUUUCCGACUAUGAAGCUUUGUUGGCGAAAAAUAUUGAGGUUGAGGACUGUCUACGUUUAACUGUUAAUACCAAAUCGCUCAAAUUAAGUUCUCCAGUUAUGGUGUACAUUCAUGGUGACUUCUUGUACGACGGCAGUACAUUGGAUGCUCCUCCCGGUUAUCUGUUGGAGGAAGACAUUGUCUUGGUAACUGUGCGUUAUCGUUUGGGACCUUUUGGCUUCCUGUCGACCAUGUCCGAUGAUAUUCCCGGCAAUGCUGCAGUUUCCGAUGUCAUUUUGGCCUUGAAAUGGAUACAAAAUAAUAUUGCUUCCUUUGGCGGCGAUCCUGAUCGUGUCACAUUGUUCGGUCAAGUCGGAGGUGCUGCUCUUAUCAAUGUCCUAACCAUGAGUCCUGCAGUUCCAGAAGGUUUAUUCCAUCGUGUCAUCUACCAAUCCGGCUCCAGCCUCUCACCUGCCUUUAUAACUGACAAUCCUUUGCCUGCUGCCAAGGAUAUUGCUAAAAUUGCCGGUUGCAAAAAUGUGAAUAAAAUUGAAUCCUUGAACAAAUGUUUGCGUCAUUUGAAUACCACCGAAUUGUUGGAGGCGUUCAGCAUACAUGGUUCCUCGAAAACAGGCCAAGGUGUUGGUUCUAGUGGUGGGGCACAAUUUGUGGUCGGAGGUCCCUCUGGCAUUUUGCCUCAAUUCCCUGCUAAGCUCUUGACCUCUGGAAAUUUCAAGGCCUAUCCCACCAUGGCAGGUACACCAAAACAUGCUGGUACUUAUAUGAUGAAAGACAUUUUCAUUGACAGCUUUAACGAGACUAUUGUAGACGAUCAAUUAAAUGCCACGGAUUACAUAAAAACUAUUAUUGGCGAAACAAAUGGCCCAGAUAGCAGCGGUGCUUGGUUAAAAUAUGCCUUGGAGGAAGUGUUUUCUGCUAGACAAUUGAAAAAUGGUUCUUUCUAUCGCAUGAUUCCUGGUCUGAUCGAUUUAUGUAGCACAAUUGCAUUCAAGAAUCCCGUACUUUUGGCCGCUCAGGGCAAUGCCAGGAAACUUCCUAAUAGUACUUUCAUCUAUUCCUUCGACUAUGAAGGUGAAUUCAAUCGUUAUGGCACCAUUGAUGAUCAAACCGAAUUGCCAUUCGAAUUGGGUGUUUCACUCACCGAUGAGAAUCUCUAUCUGUUUCCAUGGCCUCGUUUCGCCACGGUGAACUCUAAUCGCGAUUUGAAGAUUGCCUUGCGCAUGGUUAAGUUGUGGACUUCAUUUGCGGCAACUGGUAAACCCUCAGCUCCCCAUAUGCCAGAGUGGCCUUCAAUGUCUGCAGAUGCUGGACCUUAUGCGAAAUUGGGAAAAACCGUUACCAUUGGCAAUAGUUAUAUCGAUGAGUUCACUGCCGCUGUUAGAGAAUACAAAAUGGGCUAUAACAUCGUGAACGAUGACUUCUUUGAUUUUAUAAAUGAACUUAAAAAGGAAGAGAACGAAGACGAGAUGGAAGAAGAGGAAGACGAAGAUGAUGAAUCGAAUGGUGAAGCUCGUGGAGGCAAUAUUGUUUUGAUUGCCCACCGAACUAAGUUUUAA